CGCGAUGUCUGUGGAGAAGAGAAUUCCGUUAAGGUUUCCGCACUUGGGCGUGAGGGAGAGGCAGGGUAAACAGCUUAGGGGAACGAGGGACCGCCACAAGCCCCGCGGCCAGGGCGCCCCAGGUCAGGCCGGGGUCUGCGGGCGGCCGCCGCAGGAGCUGUUCUAUAAAGGGCCGCAGAUGCUGCGAGAGAAAACUUGGGUGCCCUGGAACGGACUCAUCGUGAUCGGGAAGAGAGUACAGCUCCUGGGUAGAAACACGCAAAAGCCUAGGAUGUGGGACCCGAAGCUUGGGUCUGAGAACUGGAGACUGGUAGAUGUGGGAAAGGCGGUCUCGAAAGAGAAUUCAGGCCCGAGUCUGGACAGGAUGGAUGCGAAGCUACCGCACAGUGUAGCAAGUGCAUUACAGGCCUCCGCAGGUUUGGGGGAAGAAAGUCCGAGGAAGGUUUGGGGAAAGCGAGAGGUCAAACCCAAAACAGGGGCUGAAUCUAAGAGUGCAGGGAUGACAGCGGAGUCUAGGAAGGGGUCUGCGUUUGAAGAGAGGCUGAGUUCUACUGGGGAGAAGGUGGGGACCAGUGGAGAGAACUUGAGGUCCAGAGGAAAUAAACUGGGUCAGAGUGAGAAGCAGCUGAGGUGGAGUGGAGAGGAUCUGAGGUCUAGUGGAGAGAAGCUGGUGUCCAGGGGAGAGAGGCGAGAGUCCAGUGGAGAGAAGGUGGUGUCCAGGGGAGAGAGGCGAGAGUCCAGUGGAGAGAAGCUAGUGUCCAGGGGAGACAGGCGAGGGUCCAGUGGAGAGAGGCUGGUGUCCAGGGGAGAGAGGCGAGGGUCUCGUGGAGAGAAGCUGGUGUCCAGGGGAGAGAGGCGAGGGUCCCGUGGAGAGAAGCUGGUGUCCAGGGGAGAGAGGCGAGAGUCCAGUGGAGAGAAGGUGGUGUCCAGGGGAGAGAGGCGAGAGUCCAGUGGAGAGAAGCUAGUGUCCAGGGGAGACAGGCGAGGGUCCAGUGGAGAGAGGCUGGUGUCCAGGGGAGAGAGGCGAGGGUCUCGUGGAGAGAAGCUGGUGUCCAGGGGAGAGAGGCGAGAGUCCAGUGGAGAGAAGCUGGUGUCCAGGGGAGAGAGGCGAGAGUCCAGUGGAGAGAAGCUGGUGUCCAGGGGAGAGAGGCGAGGGUCCCGUGGAGAGAAGCUGGUGUCCAGGGGAGAGAGGCGAGGGUCCCGUGGAGAGAAGCUGGUGUCCAGGGGAGAGAGGCGAGGGUCCCGUGGAGAGAAGCUGGUGUCCAGGGGAGAGAGGCAAGAGUCCAGUGGAGAGAAGCUGGGGUCCAGUGGAGAGAAGCUGGGGUCCAGUGGAGAGAAGCUGGGAUCCAGAGGAGAGAGGCGAGAGUCCAGUGGAGAGAAGCUGAGACCCGAUGGAGAGGAGCUGUUAUCCAGUGGAGAGAAGCUGGGGACUAGUGGGGAGGAUUUGAGAUCCAUUGCAGAUACACUGUGGUCAAGUGCAGAGAAGCUGGAAUCUAGUGGGGAGAAUCUGGGGGCCAGUGGAGAGAAGUUGGAGGGUUCAAGAACAAGGAACGUAAAUGAAGAGAAAAUUGAAAGAGUAGUAGAAGUUACUGGUGAUGAAAGAGUGAUGGAAUUUACUGAUGAUGAGAUGGAAAUUUCUUCUGAAAGGCGAGAAGGGAGUGAUGAAGAACCAGAAGGGACUGAGGAGGAGGUGGAAGUUGAGGGAGGCAUUUCGCGUGAAGUGGGAGAUGUUACUGAUGAAUCUGUUUCUAUAGAAGAGAAAAAUAUUAUAGGUGAAGUUACCAGUGAAUGAGGCAGAUGAAGGAUUGAAGGUGAAGAAAGAAAGAGACACAGAUAGGGGAAGUAUUGAAAGUCAAAGAGGAGAAAUGAGAGCCAAACAGAUCCUGAAGGGGUAAAGAUGAGAGAGGAAAGGAGAAUGUCUGAGCAUAAAAGAAGAGAGAGUGGGAAUGAAGAAGAGCUACUGGGGAAGAGGCAGAGGCCAGUACCAAAGGAAGCGAAGAAGCACGGUAAAGAGGGAAAUGGGAGCACUUGAUAAGGUGUGGAUAGGUAGAGGAAAGCUGGAUAUUGGUUUCUUGGAGAAGAGCUGUGACUGAGGAGUUUGCAGGGAAAUGUCUGAGAAAUGGGCUUCAGAUGGGCUAGAAGGCUUUAGUCUAUCACAUGAUUGGAUGUACAAGGUGUAGGAGAAAGCAUAGUAAGGACUAGGGAGAAUUACGUAGGAUAAAAGAGUAGAUAUUGAGGGUUGUGGAAGAAAUUGUGCAGGCUGAAGUGAGCACAAUUUCUGAAAGAGGCUCCUAAAGAAUGCGGAGCUUCAAAGUGACAAAGGCAAGAGGAGAGGAGAUAAGAAGAUAAAGAAGUAAAGAAAAAAAUCUCUGCCUUCCCAAGAUCGUCACUGCUAGCCUUCUCUGGUGACUCUCAGAGAGCCAAGGAAUUUUUGUUUCUCUUAUAAGAGGCCUGCACGGGCACGAGGUGAAGAUUGGACUGUUUUCUGAUGGGCGAAAGUCUCUCUAAUUGUACUGCACAGCAUACAAAUUAUGAACCACAUAAUCAGAUUUGCCUGGAUUAUAUUUUCUCCUGGGAUAUUAGAUACAUUCCACUGAGUCCAUAGAAGAGAAGGUGAAGAUCAAGACACCAUGACAAAUGCUAGCUACCUGGUAGAGACCCGCAGGAAACUCUGCUCUUCUGCCUGUCAGUACUGGAUGGUGUGAGCUAGGCUCCCAACCGCUGGACCUGGGCCACACUGCCUCCGCCUGGAGCAGCAGAGGAGCGGCAACAGCAGGCGAGGGGACUGGCUUGCACUCAAGAUGAGCUGUCACCGUCGGCUCCACUAGCGGAGGCUCAUGGACUCUCCCCUCACCAAAGUGAAGACGGCAAACUCUCCCCGGUGCCCUUGAGAUUAGAUCCCCCCACCCAAUAUCUGGACAAUUCUGCAAAGCGAGUGACCUGCACAUCUCCCUCACCUGGACAGCAGCAGCCCUGGCACGGACCACCCAGAAGCCCUCCCCUGCACCUGAUGGGACAGCCCCUGGGGUGCAGGUCUCCCCUGCCACUCCCACUGUGGCCACCAGAACUGAGAUGGGAAAAUCACUAGGACCCAAGGAAGUCAAUGAUUUGAACAAACGGAAUUUCUUUGUCCUUUGUAAAAGUCAACACAUGAUCUGUUACUGAUUGGGAUGUGAAAUAAAACUAAAAAUAACAGCACUGAGUCUGGCUCAAGGCUCAGCUCACCUUUAACACAGUCCAAGUUCAGUUUAUCAGAUCCCAAGGAGCAGCUAUGCAGCAAGUCAAACACAGGUGAGGGAGGAGGCAGCAGCGAGGCAGGGGGCUCUGCCAGCCACCGAGCCCUUCCGGAGGUGGAGACCAGUCAGCUCGCCAGGAAGUCGGCGAAGCAAGAAACUGCACAUGGAAUUCUGAGCCCACACCCUAAUCCACCUCAGGUGAGGAUGCUGCUCACGUCCUUUUUGCCUCAGUUUCCCCACUGGGGUCAUCAGGGACUUCUGGCACAUUCCCUUGUUUUAAGGAGAUGGUAGAAGAGGCCCAGCUGCUCAAGAUAAGGUUAGGCUGUGAAACAUCCCGCCAGCGCCACAGGCCAUUGGAUCUCGGCAGUUCAGGCACAAAGACCUCACCAUUACACCCACUGUCUCCAACAGUGUAUUCUGGAGGGAAACAGGCAAGAGUCCUCACAGGGCCCCUCACCGCCAGAACUUCCCCACUUUCCUACAAGGCCUGGGGCGGUGCCCGGGAGCCUGCAGAUCAAGGGUCAAAGUCAGUUGGUUAAUUACACCU